CCCCUUUCAAGGUAGUACAGCAAAAGCUACAACAGAACAAUGAUAUCUUCCACUUCUUCUAGCCCUGGAAUAGAUCUACAUUUGGUGCAUUGACUUCUCUCUGUCUGCAUGCAGAUAUACACAACACACGCACAUAUUCUGCAUGUGGUCACGUUCUGAAGAAAUCCCCCGGAUGGCAGCAAUGCAAGAAUGAACAAGUUUCAGACCAGUGCCUUGACGUUGACCCUUGCCUCAUCAUUCAGUAACUGCAGAGAGCUUCCACCUCCCCACUGUCACUGCCUCGAACGUCUCCCUGCAGUCUGGUCUGGCACUAAUAUCUUGAAGCUGACAGGUUUUUCUCCUCCUCUUCCCUUUAAACAGAAGGGAGUUGCAAGAUGUAAUGUAUACUCAUUGGUGGUUUAGGAAAUACCUUCUGCCAAGGGUAAAUGGUGGUCCCAUGGAGUAGAGGCACAAGAUGUGUUUCCUUUGCUCAGAGGAGCAGCACGUUCCGCCUGUGAAAUGCUGGCUGCUGUCCGUGGUGCUGAAUUUUCCCAGCUGCCUGGCAGGAUGCGCUCUGGAGAAACUGCUGCUGCUCAGCUGCUGCUGUCCGCGGUGCUGAAUCUUGCCCAAAGUUGCUGCUGUGUCUGAGACCCAAGCAAAGCCUGCUUCUUUUGGGAAGAGCCUCUGGGAAGCAGCACAGACACGAUGGGGCUGCUGACUGCAUUCCGGUCGGGAUUGGCUCUGAGCUCCAGCAUACUGUUGCCGUUCCUGGAAUUGGGAGCGUAGCAUACUCUCCACCCUUGUGUGCCUUGUUGCAGAUCGACACAGGGUAGUGAUCUGCUGGGGGUGUUUGGAGUGGAGCUAAAGAUUGCAGGCAAGGAACUGAACGAAGACACCAGCAACCAUGGUCAUGUUUUGGGAGUGUGGUUUGAUACAAGGCAGCCUCAACUCCAGAUCCUUCUACGGUGGCUUGCUUUGAAUUCCGAAUCACCCAGCAUAAAUCUCAUGCUGUAUCUGUUGGAUUGCUUCUGUGAAAUGGGAGGCUUGGGGGAAAGGGGUUUUUCCAUUAUUCCUUCUUGAAAAUGUAAUUGAGGAAAAAUUGCUCUCUCUCUCACAUUCAUGGUAGCCUGUGACCCUUUUCAGCUUUCAUCCUGAGUAGCUCAUCACCCUGGCCUCUCCAUGGAAGCAUCCGUGUAUAUCUGACAUUAGGACCCUAUGCAGACAUUGAGGAGGGGGAUGGCUCUUCAUAUUCAUGAAGUCUGCAUAUUACUCUUGCUAAUUCCUGGUUUGGUUACUCCAGCUGCCUUCAACCAUGAAGACUACCCUGCUGAUGAUGGUGAUCAAAUCUCAAAUAAUGAUAAUAACCUGAUCUUUGAUGACUAUCGAGGGAAAGGUUGUGUCGAUGACAGUGGAUUUGUAUACAAACUGGGAGAGCGUUUUUUUCCAGGGCAUUCCAACUGCCCAUGUGUCUGUACUGAGGAUGGGCCUGUUUGUGACCAACCCGAAUGCCCUAAAAUCCACCCAAAGUGUACUAAAGUGGAACACAAUGGAUGUUGUCCAGAAUGCAAAGAGGUGAAGAACUUUUGUGAAUAUCAUGGGAAAAGUUAUAAAAUCUUGGAGGAAUUUAAGCCCUCUCCUUGUGAAUGGUGUCGCUGUGAGCCCAGCAAUGAAGUUCACUGCGUUGUAGCAGACUGUGCCGUCCCUGAAUGUGUCAACCCAGUCUAUGAACCGGAGCAGUGUUGUCCAGUCUGCAAAAAUGGCUAAAGAAGACACUGAAAAUUUGGGAGAAGAGAUGAGAGAAGACUUCAUAUGCAUUUCUCUGAAGAGUUGUUUGGAUCCCUGGGGAAAUCCCGCUAGAGACAAACAAACAAAAAAGUCAUCUAUUGCUCUCUUUUUUAAAGAAAAAGUAAAGAAAAAUGUAAUGUGGAUCAAUUAUUAAACAACCAAAUUUGAGGAAUUUUCCUCCCUGAAAUGUAUUAUUCAUAACUAGUGAGAAAACAUGAAUCCAGCAGUGCUUUAUUUACCUGUUUCAUCCGACUGAGAAAUGUAGUUAACAACAUUCUCCUUUCAUCCUUGUAAUCAAAGAAAUGUAGCCAACUGUUCAUUUCUGAUCUCAUACUUUUCAUGGUGCUAUGAUGAAAUCCAGGCUGGUCUUCUCUCAGUGCUACUCCACCUUUUAGAAAUCAUCUUGAAUAAUCCGGCCCCCAUUAUUUCCCCCCACAAAUCUGGGAUUUUUUAUUCAACUGAGUCCACCCACCCAUAUAAUGGGUCCUUCUUGCUACCCACAUCUUUUCCAGAAGGUGUGAAAAUCCUCUGAAGCACAUUUAGGAAAGACCGCAAAUAGUGUAGGAUGGAAGUCAAUUUGCCAACGGGUAGAUAGCUUGCAUUGUUUCAUGUAACCCAAAGAAAUGGAAGCAUCAUGAAGAAACGCCAAACACAAAUAUUAUGUUCUGAUGGCUUAAGGAAGAUGACAUAGGACACCACGUGGAAGAAAAAUAUGAUUCUUUUUCCUUGCAUUGUUUGUUGUUGUUGUUGUUGUUCAUUCGUUCAGUCAUCUCCGACUCUUCGUGACCUCUUGUGGUUGCCAUAAAUAUACCACUAUUCAUGACUUGUUGUGAAUCCUUAUAAGCACAAUAAAUUUAUUCCUAUACCUA